AGGAUCACUGAUUUGACAUUUGAAUUGAAUAUGUAGAUCUUGGUAUGUGUCGUAAUUUCUCUUGAAUUCCAUACAUUCUUCAAUGUAAGAAAAGCUGUUCUAGCUUUACUAAUUUUUGCUGUCACAUCUUCGUCAAUGCCACCCUGCUUGUUGAUCAUGCUACACAGGUAGAUGAAGUCUAUUUCUUCGAGAGAUUCCAUUGUCACUACUGGUAUUUAUUUGAGGAAUCUUUAUUUUGCCCAUAUGGGUAAUUAGUCCAGUUUAUGCUUAUACAGUUUCGAGACAUGAUGUAUUUUUCUACAUUUGAUUGUAGUUGUGUGAUAGGAGAGCCAGGCCAUUGGCAAAAUUCAGGCCUUCUAGUUGUGUCUAUGUUGUCCACUGGAUGCCAUUUCUUUUGCCUUUAGUGGUUCUUUUCAUUGUCAAAUUGAUCACUAGCAGAAAGAAGAAGAGAGAUAGCAGGCAUUCUUGCCUAACUCCUGUCUUCACUUCUAAGCUAUUGUUGAGUUGUCGUUCAUGUAUCACUCUGUAAGAUAGCAGGCAUUCUUGCCUAACCCCUGUCUUCACUUCUAAGCUAUUGUUGAAUUGUCGUUCAUGUACCACUCUAUAAGAUAGCAGGCAUUCUUGCCUAACUCCUGUCUUCACUUCUAAGCUGUUGUUGAGUUGUCGUUCAUGUACCACUCUGUAAGAUAGCAGGCAUUCUUGCCUAACUCCUGUCUUCACUUCUAAGCUAUUGUUGAGUUCCAUUAUAUACAUUCCAUUAUACAAGUCUUGGAUUAGGUUAAUAAAUUUCUUUUGUACACCAUAAUGUUUCAGCAGUUUUUAGAUGGUUUCUCAGUCCAUAUUACUGAGAAUUUGACAUAUAGGGAUGAGUUCCACUUUAGGGAUUGCUCCAUUAUGAUGUGGUCUGUGCAGGACCUAUCUUGAUGAAAGUCUGCUCGUUGAUAUCCGCGUUUGGCAACAACUGCAUUUUUCAGUCUCUCCAAGAAAACUGUAUUUGGAACUUUUCCUGUUACUGGCAGAACCAUUAUUCUUGUGUAGUUCUUACAGUCCAGUAGGUGUUUUUUCUUGGGUAACUUGAUAGCAUUCCACUGAUACUUCUUCCUCCCAAAUAUUCCAAAACAAGGAGUACGGUGUCUCUAUGGACAUGUCUGCCUAUGCCUUUAGUGCAUCUGUGGAAAUUCCAUCAGGGACCACUGCUUUUCAACUCUUAAAAACAGAAAUGGCUUUCUUGAUCUCUGACUUGCUUAGUUUUUGUAGUCAACCUAAAGAACUGAGUUCACAGGUGGACUAUCUGUGCAAAAAGCGAGAAACCUCGUAAGGAAAGGAAAAGGGACAAAUGAUGCAUAUGUUACUAUUCAGCUGGGUAAGGAAAGAUUUGAGACAAGAGUGCAGGAGAGAGUCAUAAAUCCAGAAUGGCAUGAAGAAUGUGACCUGAAAAUUACAGAAAAACUAAUGGAAAGCAGUAUCCAGUUUACGGUCUUUCACCAUAAUUUUCUUGGUUUGGAUGAAUUCUUGGGUCACGUGUCCAUACCUUUAUCUAAUUGUGACAUCCAUGAAGGACCCACCAACAGAUGGUAUAAACUUCAAGGGAAGUCCAAGAAAGAGAAAGAACGAGGAGAACUUCAGAUCAGGCUUGCAUUUGUAGUCCGUAGUUUCACCCUAACAGGGAGUCUGAUGGACUUGAGUACAGCAAAGGAAAGUAAAUCUGAUUCCUUAAAGCGACUGGCCAGUGCUGUUGGUCAUAAACUGCAACAUUUUCCUAAGCGUACCUUCUCUCUGAAGCUGGACAACUUAGACCCUCGAACUCAAUUAUUUCGUUUCAAAGAAAAACAACUUGGACACUCAAGUCCUUAUCAGACAAAACUGGGGCCUCGGGAGACCAAAGAGGCCUUGAUUGAAGAGUGGACUCGCAAUAAACAGUUGAAUAGAAAAGAUUCAAUUGAUGAGCAAGUAACUAAAGCUGAGAAGGAAAUGGAUGCACCAACUGUUAUGGAUGAAAUGGAUCACUCAAAACAACAGUCUGAACUGGCUACCAUAUCAAAAUCCUUGAUUAGACCUGCAGGAAACAGACGUUCAUUAGAAGAUUUGUCUUCAAGCUCUUCAAAAACAGAAACUGAUAAUAAAUCUUCACAGGGUAGUUUCUAUAUCCAACGAACUAACAGUAUUUCAAACACCACUGAAUUAGUGUCUACAGGACAUACUGACAAGCUUGUGCCCUCCCAAAGACAGCUUUCUCUUCCUGCACCUGACUGGAUGAGGCUGUUUUCUUCUCAACCUAAAACUUCAUCAACUGAUCACAAUGACGAGCAGUAUAGCAACAAUACAGAAGGCCAGAAACCAUCAAUGAGAGACAUGAGACGCAAACUAAGAAUCACAAGAAAUGCCGAACAAAGACCAACCUUUCAUGGGCCCUGUGAGGGUGAACAUGCUACUGUUGAUAAACCAGAGCCCGCCACUUCUGUCUCAGAAAACUCUAUGUACAUCAGCUAUCUUUAUCAUCAAGACUUCUCUUCGACACUUCCUGUUAAUGAAACUUCCAGAAGAUAUAAUAACUUAAACCAUCAGGCAAGUGUUCCAAAAAAAAACAAUCUAAGCAUACUGUGUCAUUCAACAAGUAUUUUAACUAUAAUAUCAAAUAACUGUAAUAUGUUUAAUCUUUUAAUCAAGACAGGACAGACAUCUCUUAUAGAGAAUUUUCGUUUUAAUUCAUUGUUCAAUAAUAAGUCAUUAAAUCAUCAAGUAUUUUAGUACAUAUUGUGCUAACUCAACAAGUAUUGUAUUAGUUCCUACAGGCAUUGUUUGAUUAAUUCAUUGUUCCACAAACAGUCACUCC